AAAUUUCAGACAGAAUGCCUUCGAUGCGUCCUGUACGAAGGUUAGGAGGACCGAGUCCAGAAACCAAACAGGAUGGAAAACCUUUAGCGCCAAUAUUUUCGAUGGCGGCACAAGGUGCGAGCAGUAAAAAAAGAGCCCAAGAAAUGGAGGAAGAAAAGGCCGAAAAAACUAAUACCGACAACUGUGACAAGGUUGAAACUGAUAAUAUAUCCGAAAGUACCCUGUCUACCCCUGCUCCAAGAAAAUACAAAAAGAAAGAUAAAAAAGAAGUUUCAUAUCCGUGCAAAUUUUGUGAGAAAAUAUUUCCCAAGUUGUGGGCCCGCACAUCGCAUAUGAAGAUCCAUAAUGAGAAGGAAACUGAAUGUCUGAUCUGCAACAUGAAGUUCAUCAAUGAAAUAAGACUGAAAAUGCAUAUGAGAAGUCAUCUCGGAAUCAGGAAAUUUAAAUGCGACAUUUGUGGAAAUUUGUAUGGAACAUCUUCACAUCUGGUGUCACAUAAAAGAACACAUACAAAAGAGAAACCCUUUCAGUGUGAUCUCUGUCCAAAAGCGUUCACAGUAAGCAACGCUUUAAGAGUGCACAAAAGAACUCAUACCGGAGAGCGGCCCUACGGUUGCAAGAUCUGUUUCAAAGCUUUCCCUGAAAGCAGUAAACUACGCGUUCAUCUAAGAACACACACCGGAGAGAAGCCAUUUAAAUGUGAAAUCUGCAGUAUGGAGUUCUCACAGAACGGGAAUUUGAGAACUCACAUGAACAAGCACACUGAUCGUGAAACGGCCGAGAAGUUUACCUGUAAUUACUGCGGGAAAGUGUUCACGCAUAAACAGUAUUUAAAGACACACAUUAGAUAUCAUGAAGGUGAUAAACGGCAUGAAUGUAAUAUUUGUAAAAAGAAGUUUGUUACAACUUUUGAGCUGGCCCAGCAUAUAGAUUACCAUUCAGGUGUAAAAAAAUACAAAUGUGAGAUAUGUGGUAAAGAGAUGGCACAGAAGCAACAUUUGAAUAAGCACAUGAAGCAGCAUGAGAAGGGUUUAGGACAGUGCAAUAAAUGCUUCAGAUUUUAUUUUAAACACAAUGAAGCAAGACACAGCUGCAGACCCAAGAAACCAAGUAAAGGAAAACGUGGAAAGGAGAAGUGCGCUGUAGCAACUAACUCGGCAAUGGUCAUUCUCAUUGAAGAGGAUGCCAUAAAACAGGAGGUGGAUAAUGAAAUAGAUUGCCUGUUAGCAGAGUCCAAUCCUAAACUUCAGAUCAAUGCCGAAGUAAAACAAGAGGACCAAAGGUUAUUCGCUGAAUUUCUAACAGAUCCAGAAAAUGGCGUGCUCCGACAAGGUGUGAAGGAAAGAAAAACGCGGGAAACUGCAGCAAGAGAAGGAGAUUAUCAGCAGCUUGUUAUACAACAGGAGAUCACUGAUCAAAUUUGUAGCGAGGACUGAAGAAAUCCUUUGGUAAAGAGAUGAUCAGCUGAAAAAUCAAUUUAUCCUGUUAUCAAUAUCUGCCUGAAAUCAGUAUCAGCCUGAAGUCUGAAAUCGAAAUAAGCUGGUUAAUCAAUUAUGCCUGAAAUCAAUAUUAGCUGAUGAAUUGAUCCAAGUCUGAUACCAAGAUCAGCCUAUUAAUCGAUUAUGACUGAAAUCAAUAUUAGCCGAUAAAUUGAUCCAAAUCUGAUAUCAAGAUUAGCCGAUUAAUCGAUUACGUCUGAAAUCAACAUUAGCCGAUCAAUUGAUCAAGUCUAAUAUCAAAAUUAUACAAUCAACUUAUUGUCUGAUAUCAAGAUCACCUAAUUAAUCGAUUACGCAUGAAAUCAAUUUUAACUGAUUAAUUGAUCAAGUCUGAUAUUAAGAUUAGCCGUUUGAUCGAUUACGCCUUAAAUCAAUGUUAGCCGAUCAAUUGAUCAAGUCUAUUAUCAAAAUUAUACGAUUAACUUAUGCCUGAAAUCAAGAUCAGCCGAUUAAUCGAUUAUGCCUAAAUUCAAUAUCAGCUGAUUAAUAGAUUACGUCUGAUAUCUAAAUCAGCCGAUUAAUCCAUUAUGCCUAAAAUCAAUAUGUCGAUUAUGUCUGAAUUCAAUAUUAGCCGAUUAAAUGGCCAAGUCUGUUAUCAAGAUCGGUCAAUGUCUUGCGGAAACGUUUUCCACUCGGCAUAAUUAUUAAAAAAGGUUAUCUACUUUUCUACUGUAUGAGUAUGGUCAAAAUAUCGUGCCUUCAACCAUAAAAGUUUUGUCAUAAUAACGUGCCUUCAACCUUAAAAGCUGUGAAUUGAAAACUGCAUUUAAUAAUAUGAUUCUUUUA